AUGUCCACUUUAACGGAUGAAACCUCUGUCCAAGUAGUUGGUAACAUUUUGACAGAUGCAACAAAACCUCUGAAGGACAGAUUCCGAGCGUUAUUUACCUUACGUAACAUAGGGGGAGAAAAAGCAAUUGACAUUAUUUCCAGCUGUUUUAAUGACACGUCUGCUCUUCUGAAACACGAAUUGGCAUACUGUCUUGGUCAAAUGCAGGACAAAUAUGCUCUGAGUGCCUUGUCCCAAGUAUUAGCGGACCGUUCACAGGAGCCCAUGGUUCGGCACGAAGCAGGUGAAGCACUUGGAGCUAUUGGAGCACAGGAGUCUGUCAGUGUAUUGAAAGAAUAUUUAAAUGAUCCAGUAAUAGAGGUUGCAGAAACCUGUCAGUUAGCCCUCCAGAGACUGAAUUGGCUAAAUAGCAGCAAGGAUAAUGAGAAUAACUUACUACCAAAUCCUUAUAAGUCUGUGGACCCGGCUCCCUCCACAGGGAAAAUGGAGAUUGUGGAAUUGGAGAAGAUUUUGUUGGAUGAGUCUCUCCCCAUUUUCCAGAGAUACAGGGCCAUGUUUUCUCUCAGAAAUCUAGGAACAAAGGAAGCUGUGAAAGUGCUGGCUAAAGGGCUCAAAUGUACCAGUGCCCUAUUUCGCCAUGAAAUUGCUUAUGUCCUUGGUCAAAUUCAGAGUGAUGCUUGUGUAGAUGAACUAAAAACUAACCUUCAGGAUAGGGAGGAGAACCCCAUGGUGAGACAUGAGUGUGCGGAGGCCCUUGGAUCUAUUGCUACCCCAGAAUGCACCAGGAUGUUAGAGGAAUACCUGAAAGACAAUGAACGAGUGGUUAAAGAGAGCUGUCUUGUGGCACUAGAUAUCAGUGAAUACGAGAACAGUGCACAGUUUCAAUAUGCUGAUGGUUUGGCCAAGUUAAAGACAGUUCAGAGUUAACAAUAAACCAUUUUGAUUCAA